AUGAAUUAUUCAACUGGUGCUGAUUCAAAUCCGCGCAGUCUUGCUGUCGGCAAUCUCAAUAGUGAUCUCCAACAGGACUUGGUCGUUGCAAAUUUUGGUACUCACAACAUUGGAAUCUUUUUCGGAAUGAGCAAUGGAAUUUUUAAAUUUCAUACGACUUUGACCGCUGGAUCUUCACGUCCACUUUGCGUUAGUGUCGGUGAUUUUAAUAAUGACGGUCACUACGAUAUUGCCACUGUCAAUUAUGGAACUGAUACCGUAGGAAUUUUUCUUGGUCAUGGAAAUGGAUCUUUUUCAAAUCAAAUUACUUUCUCUACUGGUUAUGACUCGCUUCCAGUUUCACUUGUUAUUGCUGAUUUCAAUUACGAUAAUGCAGUCGAUAUCGGUGUGGCCAAUUAUGGCACUAACAACAUAGGAGUGUUUCUUGGUUAUGGUAAUGGAUCUUUUGGAAUUCCAACACUGUUGACAACUGGUAUAAAUUCUCAUCCAUAUUCUAUAGCUGUAGCCGAUUUUAAUAAUGACCUUCAACUUGAUAUCGUCGUUGUCAAUCAAGGAAAUGGCAAUGGUAGUUUUUUCAACCAACAGACUUAUUCUAUUGGCAGCGGUUCGUAUCCAAUCUUUGUCACCACUGGUGAUUUCAAUAAUGACAAAAGGACGUAUUCAACUGGGGAUGAUUCUAAUCCAAAGUCGAUCGCCAUGACUUAUUUCAACGAUGAUGAUCUAAUGGAUAUGGCCGUCGCUAAUAUGGGAACUAGUAAUGUAGGUAUUCUAUUUGGUAGUGUAAAAGUAACUGGCAUGGGCGAAGCUAUAUCUUUCACAGGAUCGGCUCCAUGUCCACAGAGUAUUGCUGUAGGUGACCUGAAUAACGAUAGUCAAUUAGAUGUCAUAGUCGGUAAUUAUGGCAUGGAUAAUAUUAAAAUCUUUUUUGGAGAUGCAAACGGAACUUUUCUCACACAAACAAUAUUUUCAACUGGUUUUUUGUCCCUUCCAACCUCUGUUGUUGUGAAAGACUUAAACAACAAUAACCAAUUGGACAUUGUCAUCGCUAAUUCUGGCAAUGAUAAUAUUGGUAUACUUUUCGGACAUGGGAAUGGUUCGUUUGAUGGUCCAAUUACAUAUUACACUGAUAUAGGUUCGAAUCCACAAUCGGUCGACAUUGGUGAUUUUAACGGUGAUGAUCAAUUGGAUAUUGUAGUAGCUAAUUACGGUUCUAAGAGUGUUAAUAUACUUUUGAAAUAUGAUCCACGUGCUUUUCAAAGUAUGAUAUGGUAUUCUACUGGAACUAAUUCUAAUCCAAAUUCAGCCGCCAUUGGCGAUUUGAAUAAUGACGGUCGAUUGGACAUUGUAGUUGCUAACAGAGGUUCCGGCAAUAUAGGUAUUUUUUUUGGCUACGACAACGGAACAUUUUCAAGACAAAUUACCUUUUCAAUUGGAAGCUCGUCUAGACCUUAUUCGGUAGCUAUUAAUGAUUUCAACAAUGACAGCCGAUUGGACAUUGCUGUCGCCAACUUCAGGAGCGACGAAAUUGUUAUUCUUCUCGGAGACGGCGAUGGCACUUUCACAAAUCAAAUGAGAUAUUCAACUGGCGAAGACUCAGGAUCAAUAUUCAUCGUGGUAGGUGAUUUCAACAAUGACAAACGAUUAGAUUUGGCCGUUGCCAACCAUGCCAGUGCCAACGUCGGUAUUCUUCUCGGAUAUGGUAACGGGAGUUUUAGAAAUCAGAUGAGCUAUUCAACUGGUAGUAAUUCUUUUCCAUUAUCAGUCACUGUUGGUGAUUUUAACCAUGACAAUUGGUUGGACUUCGCUGUCGUCAACUAUGCAACGAGCAAUCUUGGUAUUCGUCUUGGUCAUGGCGACGGAACCUUUUCAAAUCAAACAACUUAUUCAACAGGAGUAAGGUCGAAACCAUGUUUCAUCACUACUGUUGAUUUGAACAACGACUCUCGAUUAGAUCUUGUCGUUGCCAAUUACAAAUCGAACAAUAUAGGUAUCUUUAUUGGACAUGGAAACGGCACAUUUUCAAGUCAAACAGCUUAUUCGACAGGUAGUGGUUCUGGACCGAAUUCAAUCAUUAUUGGCGAUUUUAAUAAUGAUGGCUUACUGGAUAUUGUUGUCGCAAAUUUUCUCGGGAACACUAUUGGAGUUCUUCUAGGAUUUAAGAAUGACGAUUUUUUAAGUCUAUUGACAUAUUCUACUGGUGAUGCUUCUCAGCCAUACUCAGUCGUUGCUGGCGACUUUAAUAAUGACGGUCGACUUGAUAUGGCCGUUGCCAAUUACGGUAGCAACAAUGUAGGUGUGUUUCUUGGUUAUGAUAGUCGAAAUUUUUUAAGAGCACCAUCCUAUUCGAUGGGAAACGAAUCACGACCACGCUAUGUUGUUGUUGGAGAUUUCAAUAAUGAUAGUCGGUUGGAUGUUGUUGUCGCCAAUAAUGACACUGAUAAUAUAAUGAUCGUUUUUGGAUCUGGUCAUGGUACGUUUUCGAGUAAAAUGAUGUAUUUUACUGGCAAUGGAUCUCAUCCAUGUAGUAUCGCGUCCAUCUUCGGUUGGGUUUUGGAUAUGGACAAUGAUACACUUUGGGAGGUUGCUAUAGCUACUGCCGAUGCUAACAGUAUUGUUAUUCUUUGGGGCUACAGCAAUCGAAAUUUUACACAUCAAACGACUUUCCAAAAUAGUUUCGGUUCGCAUCCGUUUGCAAUCGCGGUUGGCGAUGUUAAUCAAGAUAAUUUAACUGACGUUGUCGUAGCCAAUAAUGGAUAUGGUAAUAUUGGUUUCAUCUCGAAGACUUGUUAA